GCACCUGUUACAUAAGAGGGGCGGGCAGCUCCUGCUGGCCCCGACCCCGCUGACCCUCGCCGCUGUGGCACGACCCGGCCCGGCCCUACCCGGCCCGGCUUCCCAGGCCGGGGAUGAGGCCGCCGGCCGGGAGGGAGGGCGGCCUCCGCCGGCGGCGGAGGCGGUGGGCCGCCGCCGGGACCAUGGCGGAGAGCAACGCGGACUGGAUGGGCUCGCUGCCGGCGGCGCUGCGCUCCUACCCGCUCUCCAACCUGGCCAUCCCGGGGUCACAUGAUUCUUUCAGCUACUGGGUUGAUGAGAAAUCUCCUGUGGGACCAGACCAAGCCACAGCCAUCAAACGUUUGGCCAGAAUUUCUUUGGUUAAAAAGAUCAUGAAGAAAUGGUCAGUGACUCAAAAUCUAACUUUCAAAGAGCAGUUGGAAGGUGGGAUCCGCUACUUUGAUCUUCGUGUAUCUUCCAAACCUGGGGAAACAGGACAAGAGAUUUACUUCAUACAUGGCUUGUUUGGCAUCAAAGUACGGGAUGGGCUGAAAGAGAUCAACACUUUUCUUGAGCAGCACCCCAAGGAAGUAAUCUUCUUGGAUUUCAAUCACUUCUACGCCAUGGAUGACAGCCAUCACUACUUCUUGAUCAACAGGAUCCGCUCAGCAUUUGGAUCCAAACUUUGUUCCGUUGAAUGUGUAGAAUACGUGACGUUACAGUACAUGUGGGAGAAGAAACACCAGGUUCUCAUAUUCUACCACUACCCUUUGUAUCGGGAAUACCCCUUCCUCUGGCCAGGGAGUAAAAUGCCGGCACCAUGGGCUAAUACAACCAAUGUGCACAAACUGUUACAGUUCCUAGAGACCACCCUUGAGGAACGCAGUCGUUAUGGGACUUUUCAUGUUUCUCAAGCAAUUCUCACACCUCGAGUGAAAACUAUUGCACGGCAUCUAAUUCGUGGUCUGAAGAACACACUUGUUCAUAGCAAGUGGUAUGCUUUUGCAGUCCCAGAAGUUGUUGAUGGAAGUAAGAAAAUUCCAGGUGAAGUAUAAAUCAUGGAGUUUUUAGUCUCCUUCCUGUUUACAGAUACUAAUCUAGCAGAAGAUAAUUAAAUCCAAAUGAUGUUUGCCACAAUGUAUUCAGGUCGCCACUCCAGCUUGCGCUUUGUCCACAUCUGUGCGGUCAGCAUUAGACACUAGAUGGUGCUCAGGUGCUUUAAGACUGACGUUUGCUGUCACAAAUUGCACACAUGUAAAUAUGUGUGCUUGGUGGGGAUACUUAACAGAAAGCACAGAUGUAACUUAUGUCUGUGUACUGCACAUUGAAUGUACUGCUGUCUCAUGAUUAAAGGAAAGAUGGUACUGAAUUUCUAUUUUUGAAAUAGUAAACAAUAAUCUAAUUUCAUGGAAUGGGCAAGCAGGUUUGUUUCAAGUGGCUCCUGGUACAGAUCUGGGCUGUAAGCCACUGGUAGGCUGGAAUCCUGCCUUUGCUCCAUCCCUUUCCCUCAGCCCCUUUGUUACCACUUGUUAGAAAGUAAACUGUGAAAAUUUAAAAUAGAUGCUACUGUUUGCUAAAACAUGAUUGCUUGUAUACAUUUACACAUGCUAGCUGGUUUGUAUGUGUAAAUCUGUCUUUGCAGUUCUGUGUAGAUGUCUGCCUUCUUGUAUGGAAAUUUUGCCCUGGAUAUGAAUAUUUAAGUGUACUUGUGCUCUUGCUGAAGGAGAAAUGUGCAACAUUCACACUUAGGUGGCUAAAGUAUGGUGUGUCCCUUGACGGGGACAGUAAUUAUACCGUCACUCAAGUUCUCUUGGUUCGUGAUAAGACUCUUUUUCUGGAACAAGAGCCGUAGGAUGAUUUUAGGGUUUUUGUUGUUUUUUCUUCCUCAUCCUGUUAGCCAAUUUGCUUGCCUACCAUCUUCACAUAUAAUUUUGUGUGCAUAUUAUGGCAUUAAUUUAAAUACUUCUAAUAUAUUUAGUCAUUUGUCCCUAACUGUGCUGCAAACAGUGGCGUUUACAUGUUAGAGUGCAAAAAAUCUUAUGCAGACCCUAGACUUGGACUAUGUACAAGAAAUUAUUUGAAAUUUCUCCCCACAGUAGAAUUUCUAACUCCAUUUAACUCAAUUCCUGACACACCUCACCUUUCUCUGGUUACAGUGAUGUAUGGUGGAAUGUUCAGCCCCUAUAGAGCUGAGGGCUCAAUUCUGGGUUUGGUUUCCCUGAUCCCAUUGCUCUGGCUGGGUCUGGAGGCUGAAAGGAGUGCGGUAGAAAUGCAGUGUGCUGCCCCCAACACCUUCCUUCUUGCUGACCAUAAGGCAGAGGUGGGCGGGGGAACAUCUUGGGCCAGAUGCAGCCUUGCUUUCUGCUGUACUGAAGUCUACUGUGAAAUUAAGCUUUUAGUUCAACAUGUACUUGGGUAAAAACAAACCAGGAUGGAGGAAAUGGUAGUGCAACAUCAAAUCCUGAAGCACAGUCUAUUCAGUGAAUACAGAAUUCACAAAUGUUAUUUUGUAUGCAUGUGAUAGAAAUAUUGGUCAAUCAGUCAUCAAUAUAAAACUAUUUGAUAGCUAAUGACCAUGUGCUGUGUUAAGCACUCUUCUCAUCAGUUGGUUGCAUUUUCGGUGGCAGUCAAAACCUGACCACAAAUGUGAGAUAAUAAUGUAAUUUGUAAACACGUGUUGUAUUUGAACUUGAGUAUGUAUAGAGAAAAGUCUUAAAAUGUUUAAUUUUCUUUAUU